AUGCCUGCGCCUUCGCUGCCCCAGUUCAACCCCGCGCGCAUACGUUCCUAUAUCCUGCGCCUGCCCUUCUGCACAAAGGUCGUCGUCGCCGCCAUUGUCGGAUUAUGGAUCGCUACUAUUCCAUUUCCCUGGAUUCGGGACGUUGGGCGCUUGGAACCUGCCAAGAUGAACUUUACGCAGAUGCACCGACUUAACCUGUUUCCCGUCUUACACUGGAACUUCAUCCAUAUGAUCUUCAAUCUCUUCGCAGUCACGCCACUGAUUGAGCGCUUCGAGUCGGAAUACGGAACACUUGUUACAUUGGCACUGUUCACUGGGCCUUUUGGGACCAUACCCGGAGGCGUAUACACACUGUUAGAGAAGUUCGUUCUGAGGAGCAACACCGCCGUCAUGGGUGCGAGUGUAUGGGUGUUCCUCCUCCUCUCGGCCGAAGUAAUGAAGACACAAAAGACAAAUCCCUACUUCAGUGUCGGACCUUACAAGAUCCCCACCUGGACAACCCCCCUCAUCCUGAUCGUCAUAACCAGCAUCCUCGUCCCCUACGUCAGCCUCGUCGGCCACCUCUGCGGCGCAGGCCUCGGUUACCUCUGGGCAACCGGCUACAUCAAGUUCCUCGUCCCACACGAGAAGAUCCUCCGGUGGAUCGAAACAAAACUCAACUUAUUAGGACGACUCCCGCAUUACGUCAGUGUAGACCAGAAGACAUAUGGUCGGUACGGUGUCCUCCCUACAACAGGCAUCCCCUUGGGCCCCAGGAGUCCGGAUGUGGGACAACGUCUUGGUCCAUAG